CUCAAGGCUCUAGAAACCAAUUAAACUAGCAGAGGAAAAUACGGCAGCACGACGACGCCGCCGCCCUGAAACCGGCUUUCCACUGAGCAGUCUUUGCGCAGAGUGAGAGAAAAAGAUGAGGCUAUUAACUCACAACAUGCUAUCAUCAAAUAUCAGAGGAGUGACAAACGGCAUCCCUCUCCGCAUCGAAGCGGAGAAAGUCAUAGAGAAGCAGGUCGGUUUCAACCCUGAUUUUCUCAAGAACAUGUUCUCAAAGAUCGAGUGGAAGGCCCUCGUUGAUGCGUCCCGAUCGUUGGGUUAUUCCGAGCUGCCCGAGGAGGCACCAGAAUCGUCAUCGGUUGAGUCGGAGGAGUUCUUGAGGAAAUUUCACCAUGCCCUAUUGGAAUUGCAUCUGGAUGAAGGUGCUCUGGUUUGCCCUGAGACGGGCAGAAAGUUUCCAGUUAACAAGGGCAUACCUAAUAUGUUGCUCCAUGAAGAUGAGGUCUGAUUUUGUUUAGGUUUUCCUUUGUGAAGGCGAUGGUUAGGGUUUGUGCUAUGCUCUUUUGAUGAACAAAUUACAUUGUUGAUGAGGUUUUUAUUUACCGUAUCUAAUCAGCGUUUCUGCUAAGAAGAUAAAUGAAAUAUUAGGGUUUUUAAAUUUAA